AAGGAGCUUAAUUCCGUCGCUUCCGAGCUGUCUGCACGGCAGGAGGAGAGUGAACAUUCUCAUAAACAUUUAAUUGAACUCCGCCGGGAAUUUAAGAAAAAUGUACCUGAGGAAAUCAGAGAGAUGGUGGCUCCUGUAUUAAAAAGCUUCCAAGCUGAGGUGGUGGCCCUUAGUAAGAGAAGUCAGGAGGCUGAGGCAGCUUUCCUGAGUGUUUACAAGCAAUUGAUUGAAGCACCAGACCCUGUGCCUGUGUUUGAAGCGACGCGCAGCCUAGACGACAGACUGCAGCCCCCCAGCUUCGACCCCAGUGGGCAGCCGCGGCGAGACCUCCACACUUCGUGGAAGAGGCACCCCGAGCUCCUUGGCCCCAAAGAGGAGGACCCUUCGGAGGACGAUUCCAUCAAAGACUCUCUGGGCACGGAGCAGUCCUACCCAUCCCCUCCGCAGCUCCCACCACCACCAGGGCCCGAAGAUCCCCUGUCCCCCAGCCCUGGGCAGCCCCUGCUGGGUCCUGGCCUGGGCCCUGAUGGCCCAAGGACUUUCUCACUGUCCCCCUUCCCCAGCUUGGCUUCUGGGGACAGACUGGCAGGGGACGCACUGCUGUCCAAGCACAUGAUGCCCCCGGCCACCUUCAAGGGGGAGGCAGGCGGCCUGCUGGUGUUCCCCCCGGCCUUCUACGGCGCCAAGCCCCCCACGGCCCCUGCCACCCCCGCUCCUGGCCCUGAGCCACCUGGGGCCCCCGAGCCUGUGGACGGGGGUGGGGGCAGCGCAGCUGGGGCAGGGGCCGGAACCGGAACCGAGGAGGAGCACCUGGACACGGCAGAGAUUGCAUUCCAGGUGAAGGAGCAGCUGCUCAAACACAACAUCGGGCAGCGGGUGUUUGGCCACUAUGUGCUGGGGCUGUCACAGGGCUCAGUCAGCGAGAUCCUGGCCCGGCCCAAGCCCUGGCGCAAGCUCACGGUGAAGGGCAAGGAGCCCUUCAUCAAGAUGAAGCAGUUCCUGUCGGAUGAGCAGAACGUGCUGGCUCUGAGGACCAUCCAGGUGCGGCAGCGAGGCAGUAUCACCCCAAGGAUCCGCACACCAGAGACAGGCUCGGACGACGCCAUCAAGAGCAUCCUGGAACAGGCCAAGAAGGAGAUCGAGUCCCAGAAGGGGGGUGAGUCCAAGAACACAGCGGCCCCACUCAGCAUCACCAACGGCGCAGCCCCCGCCAGCGCCUCGGAAGAUGCCAUCAAGAACAUUCUGGAGCAAGCACGCCGCGAGAUGCAGGCGCAACAGCAGGCGCUGCUGGAGAUGGAGGCAGGCCCCCGGGGCCGCUCAGUGCCUCCCUCGCCCCCAGAGCGGCCGUCGCUGGCUGCCGUGAGCCAGACCGGGGCCCCGACCUAUGUCAAGCAGGAGGACAGCAGUGGCGGGGGCACCAGCAGCUGUACCACACAGACGUCCCUCACGGUCCUGUCCCCCGCAGCCUUCGUGCAGAGCAUCAUCCGGAAGGUCAAGUCGGAGAUCGGAGACGCUGGCUACUUUGACCACCACUGGGCCUCGGACCGCGGCCUGCUCAGCCGCCCCUAUGCCUCCGUCUCGCCCUCCCUCUCCUCCUCCUCCUCCAGCUACUCUGGACAGCCCAACGGGAGGGCCUGGCCCCGUGGGGACGAGGCCCCCACAGCCCCUGAGGAUGAGGCGGCAGGGGGCGAGGAUGAGGCCCCCAGGCUGGGCGAGCUGAAGUCUGAAGGGGGCGUCCCGGAGGCCGGCAGCGGUGGGCGGCUGGCCUACUACCCUGCGUACGUGCCCCGCACGCUGAAGCCCACCGUGCCGCCCCUGACCCCCGAGCAGUACGAGCUUUACAUGUACCGGGAGGUGGACACCCUGGAGCUGACACGCCAGGUCAAGGAGAAGUUAGCCAAGAACGGAAUCUGCCAGAGGAUCUUUGGGGAGAAGGUGCUGGGCCUGUCCCAGGGCAGUGUGAGCGACAUGCUGUCCCGGCCGAAGCCCUGGAGCAAGCUGACGCAGAAGGGGCGAGAGCCCUUCAUCCGCAUGCAGCUGUGGCUCUCGGACCAGCUCGGCCAGGCCAUCAGCCAGCAGCCCAGUGCCUCCCAGG